GCGGGGAUUCCCGCUGCUCCAGCCGCGUCACUGAGCGAUGAUCCCCGCCCACAGACAGCGAUCUCCGGCGCUCAUCCACACAUAUGACUGCACUCGUGUUUGUUUGCUCAUGUGUUGAAUCUGCUGCUUAUUACAGUGGGGCUCUUUAGUGCUGUUUAGAUUCUAAACGGCUGGCUUUGACAUUAUACAUAUAUGAGCUUUAACAGUGAAAUGGACAGAAUUCCCCGUCCGUCCACACACUGAUGCGAGAGUCUGAGCUCAGACCGGAGAGGAAGGCUCUUAUUCGGUCAGAUGGCGUGCCGCAGUCCGCCCACGCGUUUCUCGCGCCCACACAGGCAGCGAAAGGAGCGUCAUUAACUCACCGCUACUGCCAGCACAGCAGAGCAUAGCCGAGACAAAAGAGCACAAGAGUUUCAAUAAUAUUUUACUUCAAUCUCACAUCUGUAGAAUAAGGUCUAACAAGCACAGAAAACAAAUGAAUUUGGCUACGCGUCAGAGGCGUAAAGAUACGAGUCUAAUAAUAGAACUAAAAGUUUGACUGAUUUUGAGUUAAGUUACAGAAGUGAAAUCCCGAUAGACUCGGUCGUGUCGGUCACUGGAAGCUGAAGUGAUCUGCUGGAUCCUGUCCUGGGUUCUGUCUCGAAGCCUCUCGAGGUGACAUUAGGAUGUCACUACCACGGACGCUGGGUGAGCUGCAGCUCUACAGAGUUUUACAAAGGGCCAACCUGCUGAUGUACUAUGACACCUUCAUCCAGCAGGGAGGUGAUGAUGUCCAACAGCUGUGCGAGGCUGGCGAAGAAGAAUUUCUCGAGAUCAUGGCACUAGUUGGCAUGGCCACAAAACCCCUGCAUGUGCGGCGCUUGCAGAAAGCUCUGCGAGACUGGGCAUCAAACCCAACGCUGUUUAACCAACCCCUGGCCACCAAUGUGGCCCCUUGUGGAAUCCCUCUCCUCAGGAUUGACAGCACCAGCAUCGCUGGCUCAGGGGUUAUGGGUGCCAGAAAAUCUUUAAGCAACGGUCAGCCAGGCUCUCCGUGUGAAAGAGAAGAAGUAGGAUCUUGCCUUACGCCGCUCAGAGAUAACAGUCCAAAGAGCCCUUGCUCACAAGCCUCCCCUGUACCUCCAGACCAUCUGUACAGAGAAAAACUGUCCCCCAUGGAUCCUCACUGGCUCAGUCCUGAAAUGUAUGGAGCCGCCGAGUUAGAUGAAGAGCAGCCCAUUCUGCCUUUCGCUUGCCACUCACGACUUCUUGGUCCUCCGACUCCAACUUCUUCUUCAUCCCCCUCCACUACGACCUCUCCAUGGCCCGGAGGUCAGCUGGACACAGAGACGGUUAAAGCCGUGGAGGAAAGCGUUGAUAGGCUUCUAAGAACCAUGCCACAAGCAGAUCAAACCGAGGUGAAGACGCUUCUGAGACUCAAUAAGAAAAUGGCCAAGACGGUGGGACACAUUUUCAACCUGGAACCUCAAGACAAGAGCAAAGAGGAAGAGAUUCGCAAAUACAGCCUGAUCUAUGGCCGCUUCGACUCCAAGAGGAGGGAAGGGAAACAGCUCACCCAUCAUGAGAUGCUCAUCAAUGAGGCUGCAGCUCAAUUCUGCAUCCGUGACAAUGCUCUGUUGUUACGUAGAGUUGAACUGUUCUCAUUAGCACGACAAGUGGCGAGAGAAUGUGCCUACACGUCAACAUUUAAACAUAACAGGACAUACUCAGAUGAUUGUGCUGCCUCUGUUGACUAUUGUGCUCAGAAGAGAAUCAAGCUUGAUGUCACAGAUUCCGACAGACUGUCUAAGGAUCCAGUAGCUAACAGUGACAACAGAUCUACAGCGGAUGACAACAGCCUCUCUGGAGAAAGUCUAGAUAGUUUAACACAUGAUAUCAGCCCUCAGUUGCACCCCUCGUCAUCCCCUCACCCCCUCACCGACACCACUGGCCUCAUCACCUGGAGUCGCCAGCUCAUGCAACAAACUCUCAUGGAUGAGGGCCUCAGAUUGGCUAGAAUGGUGUCACGUGACCACGCAAGCAAAGUCAGCCUAGGGUCAGAAAAGAGACAGAUUUCAGAGAUGGAGGAGAAAGUGUCAGAGAGGAGAGGAUCAAGUAACAGAAGCAGCAGUCCAGCAAACACCAAAGACGAUCCAUAACUAACAGUCUGCAAGUCUCCAUGUUGAACUCAGGUUGGAUAUCAUGUCUAAAUGAAGACGUGGUGUUCAGUUCACUAUGUUGAAUAGUCCUGCUCUGUAUCACUUGUAUGUUCUGUUUGGCAGAAAGUUAUUUUCUUUCUUUGCGAAUGAAAUUUGAAGUACAUACAGAUUAGUGCAAGCAACGAGUGUCACAACAAAUACAUUUCAAAGAUACUUCGACUAACCAGUAAAGAUUCUCAGUAAAAAGCUUCAAUGGUGCUAAUUUAGUGUCAGCAAAUUCUGGAAUGAAAUGGCAUCUGCAUCCAUUACCCAAACCUUAAUUUAUUAGGAUAGAUGACAUGCUUCUCGUUCUAAGCGGAGCUGUGAGACAUUGGGAUGUAAGUCUCAGUCCAUUUUCUCGCUUCUGAAUAAGUUCUAACAAAAGUUUGGGAGGAGCAUGUUUAUUUAAUCCAACUAAUCACAACGCUAGAAUAUAUAUAUA